GCCCCGCUCGCCCUGCGCUCGGUUCGGCCGCCCCUGCCGGAGCCUGGAGACUCGGAGCUCGGCCUCGAGCCCGGCGGGCCAUGGCGGGCUGCGCGGCUUCGCUGUCGAGCUUCUUCUUCGAGUACGACACGCCACGCAUCGUGCUCAUCCGCAGCCGCAAAGUGGGGCUCAUGAACCGCGGCGUGCAGCUGCUCAUCCUCGCCUACGUCAUCGGGUGGGUAUUUGUGUGGGAAAAAGGCUACCAAGAGAUGGACUCAGUUGUCAGUUCCAUUACCACAAAGGUGAAAGGCGUGGCCCUGACCAAUACCUCUGACAUGGGGCUCAGGGUCUGGGAUGUGGCGGAUUAUGUGAUCCCUGCUCAGCAAGAGAACACACUGUUUGUCAUGACCAACAUGAUUGCAACCUUGAAUCAGAGACAGAGCACCUGUCCCGAGCUUCCAGAUGCGAAAACUACGUGUAAAUCAGACGAUGACUGUGCUUUUGGCUCCGCCGAUGUCCACGGCAGUGGAGUGACAACUGGAAGGUGUGUAAACUAUAAUGCUCACGUGAAGACAUGUGAGGUGUUUGGUUGGUGUCCAGUGGAGAACGAUACUUAUGUGCCCCGACCUGCCUUUCUGAAGGCCGCAGAGAACUUCACCCUCUUGAUCAAGAACCACAUCUGGUAUCCCAAGUUUAAUUUCACCAAGAGAAACAUCCUUCCCAACACGAACGCCACCUACCUCAAGUCAUGUAUCUAUGAUGCCAAGACAGACCCAUUCUGCCCCAUAUUCCAUCUUGGCAAAAUAACAGGAAGUGCAGGACAAAGCUUCCAGCAGAUGGCUGUGGAGGGAGGCAUCAUGGGCAUUCAGAUCAACUGGGACUGCAACUUGGACCUGUCCGCUUCCCGCUGCUUGCCAAAGUAUUCCUUCCGGCGCCUUGACAACCAGGAUUCCGACCACAAUGUCUCCCCCGGCUAUAACUUCAGGUUUGCCAAAUACUAUAAGGAUGCAAAUGGCAUGGAGGCCCGCACACUCAUCAAGGCCUACGGCAUUCGUUUUGAUGUCAUUGUCUUCGGAAAGGCUGGGAAGUUUGAUAUCAUCCCUACCAUGAUAAACAUUGGCUCUGGCUUGGCACUGCUUGGAGUGGCCACAGUCCUGUGUGACAUUAUAGUCCUGUAUUUCAUGAAAAAGAGGUUUUACUACCGAGAGAAGAAAUAUAAAUAUGUAGAAGACUACGACCAGGGGCUCACCGAAACAUUUAGAACUGAAUAAUGCAGUUAGCCAUGUGACGUCCAGGACCAGAUUUGGCCCGAUCCUUGCACUGCCCUAGGAGGACUCACCUCUGCAAGGAAGGAAAAAUCAGCUGCCCUCAGGGAGAAGGCUGGUCCUCCUCCAGCAACCUCAACUCACUGCUUACUUCUGGGUCUCCAGCAUUGCUCUCCUAAGAGUGACAUGCUGGGUGUUUAUUUGCCCAGUAAAUGGGUUGUUCCUUGGUUCUGUUUUGCUGCUUAGGUUUGACAUUCCUUUAAGUUAUAACAGAAAAUGGCCUGAAGGCUGUUGGCCCUUUCAAAGCACAGUAACAGCGAUGCUUCUUGUGGGACACUGGAUAAUCCUUUUCCAUUGCUACUUCCAUGUUUUCUUUCCUUCAAAGCGUUGAACUACCUUAGCCUCUGAAAAAGGCCCCAUUCUCCUAGUCUCUGACAACCACAUCUCUUAUUCUUUUUUUUUUUGUGGGGCAAUGGGGGUUAAGUGACUUGCCCAGGGUCAAGUGUCUGAGGCUGGAUUUGAACUCAGGUACUCCUGAAUCCAGGGCCAGUGCUUAUCCACUGCGCCACCUAGCUGCCCCCCUACAUCUCUUAUUCUAAACACAAGUUUCACUACUUUUGAGGGAAAGAUCACCUGAGAGCAUGGUACCCAAGAUUAUAGGGUCCCUCGAGCUGUUCAAAGCUCACUUCUUUCCUAUGAGCCAGAGAAAUCGUCCACACUAUGAUGAUGUAUAUUUAGGUAUAUUUCUCCUUAUUCUGAUUCCUUUGUUAACUAAAGACCUAAAAAAAAAUAAAAUGAAU